AUGUAUUCUUUGACUGCAAGUGUCACUGCCUGCCCAGUUAGGGUGCCAAUAGUGAACACAGAGGAUAAAUACAGGAAGCAAGUCAAGCAUAUUGGUUUUAGUCUAUUAGGCUUCAAGCCAGUUGGCACAGAGUUUCAUCCCUUUGAUAGAAGAAGACCCAUGACACAUUGUGUUGGAGUGAAGCCCACUUCUAUAAUAUGUGCUGCUGCUCUAAAUGCAAGAUGCGGUGCAGAGCAGACCCAAACAGUUACACGGCAAUCAUCAACCAUUACUGUUGCUCCCAUUCAAGGGAAGGAAAAGUCUCCAGAACUUGAUGAUGGUGGAACUGGAUUUCCACCCCGUGAUGAUGAUGGUGGCGGGGGUGGUGGAGGUGGCGGGGGAGGCCAUUGGUCAGGCGGGUUCUUCUUCUUCGGCUUUCUUGCUUUCCUGGGCUUCUUGAAGGACCAAGAAAGUGAGGGACCUUACAGGGACGAUAAAAGGAGAUGA